AUGGAUUUCUCUCUUAAGAAAUCAUUCAAAGGCAAUAGUUCUUUUAAACACAUUAGGAGAUUCUCUGGUGGCGGAGGGGGGGACAAUAAUUAUAGCAUCAGCCCUGAAGAGCUGCCCAUUCUCCACCACCAUCAAUCAGAUAUUCCAUAUGACAAUCAACAACGAACGUCAAUGGGUUCAAAUUACCAUAAUGAGGUCAUUGUCAAGGUUGACAAUGGAAAUUCCUUCUCAGAAGACAGUUCUACUGAUGUUGUUAAGGUUGACAGAGCACCAAGUUUUGGUUUUUCGCAAAAUGGACAACAGGACGUGAUGCAAGACCCGCCUUCGAGGCUGAUCGGUCAGUUCUUGGAAAAUCAGAAAACCUUUGGUGGCGGCGAGAUUACAUUGGACAUGGACAUGGAAAUGGAUGAACUAAAAGGUGACCGAGGAUCAUCACGUGGAAGACACCUGCCUUCCUUCCCAGAAUCACCACCGACUAAGCCAUCCUCUAGAGAAAUUCGUGUGUCCUUCGAACCGUCUCUCUCCGGAGGCAGCCUUAAUGGUGCACUCGAAUCUGUCAGAAGGCGAUGCAAGGAGGACGGUCCAGUCAAUUCUCAUCAACGAAAACAAGAACUGGAACGCGAAGAAGUUUUGAAGUGCUCGUCGAAUGCAUCCUUUCGGAGACAUGCCAAUCCACUGUCAAGAUUGAAAACAAAAUCAAGACUUAUAGAUGACCCUUCGCCACAGGAAUUGGAGAGAAUGUCAGGGAGGAUACCAAAGUCUGGGCCAAUGAGAUCCGGGAUGUUAAGUAGGGUGUUGUAUGAUGAGGAUGAUGAGGAUCCAUUAGAGGAUGUGGACUUACCGGAAGAGUACAAGAAGGAAAAGUUAAGUACAUUGACUGUCCUCCAAUGGUUGAGUUUGAUUGUGAUUUUAGCUGCCCUGGUGUGUAGUCUUUCUAUUCGUGAUUUAAAGAAAGUGAAGAUUUUGAACCUUGAGUUAUGGAAAUGGGAAGUUUUGUUGCUGGUUUUGAUAUGUGGAAGGUUGGUUUCGGGAUGGGGGAUUCAUUUGAUAGUGUUUUUCAUUGAAAGAAAUUUUUUGUUGCGGAAGAGGGUUUUGUAUUUUGUGUAUGGAUUGAGAAAGGGAGUGCAGAAUUGUUGGUGGUUAGGGCUUGUUUUGUUGGCAUGGCACUUCUUAUUUGAUAAGAAGGUUCAAAGGGAUACCAAAAGUGACUUUCUCGAAUAUUUUACUAAAAUCUUGGUUUGUUUUUUGGUGGGGAAUUUCAUAUGGUUGAUUAAGACUUUGAUGGUUAAGGUGCUUGCUUCUUCUUUCCAUGUUAGCACUUAUUUUGACAGAAUUCAGGAGUCACUCUUCAAUCAGUUUGUGAUAGAAGCAUUAUCAGGUCCACCAUUGAUUGAAAUACAAAAAGCUGAAGAUGAUGUAGAGAGGAUUGCUGCUGAGGUCCGCAAGCUGCAGAAUGCUGGGGUUACAAUGCCUGCAGAACUCAAGGAAUCUGUCUUCCCACCAGCUAAGAGUGGGAGGUUGAAUCCCAAUAGAGUAAUACAGAAAACUUUCACAGCAAAAAGCUUUAAAUUUUCCGGAAAACUUUCACAAAAGGGGGAGAAAGAAGCGGAUGAUGGGAUCACAAUUGACCACUUACAUAAACUUAAUACCAAGAAUAUUUCAGCUUGGAAUAUGAAGAGGUUGAUGAAAAUUGUGCGGCAUGGCUCACUGUCCACUUUGGAUGAGCAGAUACUAGGUGCUGCUACUGAGGACGAAUCCACGACACAUAUCAGAAGCGAAAACGAGGCGAAAGUUGCAGCAAGAAAAAUUUUUAAUAAUGUGGCUCGCCAUGGAUCAAAGUUCAUCUACUUGCAGGAUUUGAUGCGCUUUUUGGAAGAAGAUCAAGCUUUGAAGACAAUGAGUUUCUUUGAAGAAGCAUCUGAAACCAGCAGAAUCGGUAAAUCAUCCCUGAAGAACUGGGUGGUCAAUGCCUUUAGGGAAAGAAGGGCACUCGCUCUAACGUUGAAUGAUACAAAGACUGCUGUGAACAAGCUCCAUCAGAUGAUAAACGCAAUAGUUGGCAUUGUUAUAGUUGUAAUCUCCCUAGUCAUACUUGGAAUUGCCAAGAGCAAGUUCUUUGUGCUUCUAGGAUCACAGGUUCUUGUUGUGUCCUUUGUUUUUGGAAAUACUGCCAAGACAUUGUUCGAGUCAAUUAUCUUCUUGUUCGUUAUCCAUCCAUUUGACGUCGGAGAUAGGUGUGAGAUAGAUGGAGUCCAGCUGAUAGUGGAGGAGAUGAACAUUCUAACAACUUUCUUCCUAAGAGCUGACAAUCAGAAAGUCUUGUAUCCUAAUAGUGUUCUUGCAACCAAACCAAUCGGCAAUUACUAUCGCAGUCCUGACAUGGGCGAUUCAGUUGAAUUCCACAUCCACAUAUGCACUCCAGCCGAAAAAGUUGCUCUUAUGAAGCAGAGAAUAACAGGUUACAUUGAGGGCAAGAAAGAGCACUGGUAUCCUGAUCCUUCAUUUGUAUUCAAGGAAGUAGUAGAUUUGAACAAGAUGAUGGUAGCAGUUUGGAUUAGGCAUAGAAUGAACCAUCAAGACAUGGCAGAGAAAACCAAAAGAAGAGCUCUUCUGCUAGAAGAGAUGGUGAAAAUAUUCAGUGAGCUUGACAUUCAAUACCGUUUAUUUCCUAUUGAUAUCAACAUCCGUGCCAUGCCUCCUCUUGACAAAAAGUAUCUCCUGCCUUAG